AUGAUUUAUAAAUCUUACAUUUUCUCCUUAUUAUGCCUAGCCUUAUUUCCAAUUACACAAUCGAAACUCAUUCCAAACUACUACCAAAAAUCAUGUCCUAAAUUUGAAGACAUCGUCAAGCAAACCGUAACUGAUAAGCAGAAAACAACACCUUCAACCGCUGGCGCUGCACUCCGCCUCUUCUUCAGCGAUUGCAUGAUUGGAGGUUGUGAUGCAUCUGUCCUAGUAUCCUCCAAUUCCUUCAACAAGGCAGAACGUGAUGCCGACAUCAACCUCUCCCUCUCAGGAGACGGUUUUGAGGUCGUCACACGAGCAAAGAACAUGUUGGAGCUGGAAUGCCCCGGUGUGGUCUCUUGUGCUGACAUACUUGCUGCAGCGGCACGUGACCUUGUUGUCAGUGUUGGCGGUCCAUUUUACGAGUUAGACCUUGGUCGAAGAGACAGUUUAGAGUCCAAAUCAAUCGACGCAGAAAACAAAUAUCCAUUGCCAACCAUGACCAAUUCUCAGGUGAUAGACAUUUUCACUUCAAAAGGGUUUACAGUUCAAGAGAUGGUGGCUCUAGCAGGUGCACACACGAUAGGAUUCUCUCACUGCAAACAGUUUAGUAACAGGCUCUUCAACUUCAGCAAGACCACUGAAACUGAUCCUAAAUAUAAUCCAGAGUAUGCUGCAGGGCUUAAAAAACUCUGCCAAAAUUACCAAAAAGAUACUUCCAUGUCAGCGUUCAACGACGUGAUGACACCUAGCAAGUUUGAUAACAUGUAUUUCAAGAAUUUGAAGAGAGGAAUGGGACUUUUGGCUACGGAUAGUUUGAUGGGUGAGGACAAGAGGACUAAACCAUUUGUGGAUAUGUAUGCUGAAAAUCAAACCAAGUUCUUUGAGGAUUUUGGUAAUGCUAUGCGUAAGCUUAGUGUUUUGCAUGUUAAAGAGGGGAAGGAUGGAGAGAUACGAAAUAGGUGUGAUACUUUCAACAAUCUUAAUGCUAAUUGA